AUAUGCCAGGCUGCGUAAAGACACACACACACACACACACACACACACACACACACACACACACACACACACACACACACACACACACACACACACACACACACACACACACACACACACACACACACACGGGAAGCUGAAUUUCCACAUUCCACUUUGAGUCCAACAGAGAGCAAAGGGAGUGACACACCCUUCAGACGACAUUCGGGGGAGGUGGUGGUGGAGUUAAAGUGAUGCGGAAUCGUACACGCUCCAUGUUUAAAACAUAGAUACUAUCGCUUCAGCUCUCAUGGGGAAGACAUAGCGGGGAAAGCAACAGGUUGCUGGCAUGACAAUCAACGAGCCCACCCGCCGCUGGGCUCUCCUGCUGCCGCUGCUGGCUCUCCUCCCCGGGGGCCCGCGUGGCCUCGCCCAGGCCUGCGUCUGUCCCAGGGCCACCGUGGUCACCCGCCUCCCCGCGGAGAUACCCGGGGGGGCCUGCUGCCUCAACUACUCCGGCUCGGCGCUGGGUCGCGUGUCCUGGCCCGGGUUCAGCGACGACGACGACAACAACAACAACAACAACAACAACGACCCCCACCACCACAACGCCAGCCGCCCCCGGCUGGAGGUGCUGGACCUGUCCCGCUGUAACAUCACCCACAUCGAGCCGGGCUUCGGCCGCGCGGCGACCGGCCUCAGGGAGGUCCACCUGCAGCACAACCGUCUGGCGGCGCUGCCCGAGGACUUCCUGGCCCGGCAGCCCGGCCUGCGGGUGCUGGACCUGGGCUCCAACCGGCUGCUGGAGCUCCCCGAGGGCCUGCUCGGGGGCUCCGGGGCGCUGCGGCGGCUGGGGCUGGCGGGGAACCGCCUGCGGUCCCUGGAGCCGGUGGCCUGGGUGCUCCGGGCGCCCCGUCUGAGCCGCCUGGAGCUGGAGCUCAACCCCUGGGACUGCUCCUGCGGCCUGGUGGAGCUCCUGGCGGUCGCCACGGCGACGGGGGCCAACGGGACCGUCUCCUCCGGCCCGUCGGCAAACCUGACGUGCGCCUCGCCCCGGAAGCUGGAGGGCGUGGCCGUGCUCUCGCUGAGCCCCGACGCCGUGUGCCAGCCCCCGGGGCUCACGGCGCUCUUCAUCCUCCUCCCGCUCCUCCUCCUCGCCGGCCUGCUGCUCUGCUGGUGCUGCGGGAGGAAGAGGAAGAGGAGGAGCGACGCCACCUUCGGCUCCAAGAAGAGGAAGAGCAAGCAGAGCCAGAAGGCGCCGGCGGCCGGUUUCCGCGACCAGCCGCGGAAACCGGCCCGGCCCGUCGCCAACGGCGACCCCGCCCCCGCCGACGGCGCCCCAGAGAGAGGGGGCGGCCCCCCAGAGAGAGGGGGCGGGAUCCUGAAGAAGCAGCUGCUGCUGCGCCCCGCCUCCCCCCUGUUCAGCAGCACCCAGGACCUCCCCCAGCAGGUGGAGGCGGAGCCAAAGCUGGGCUCCGCCUCCUUACGGGACUCCCGCGCCUCCGUCAGCUCCGCCGAGGGAGGGGGCAGCGGCCUGGGACUGCCGGGGAACACGACGGCGGGCGGAGGCGGAGCCGGCGAGGGCGGCGGCGGCCGGGGGGCGGAGCUAGACGACGUGGUGAGCGUGAGCGAGGUGCUGAAGGACUCGGCCAAUCGGGAGAAGGCAUACCUGGUGCAGUCCACGGAGUACUACAGCCUGCUGCCGGGCAUGGACCUGGGGGGCUCGGACCACGGCGACUACGAGAGCGUCGACCUCGCCUGACCCCGCCCCCCCCGGGAUGGGACUGAGAGUGUGUGUGUGUGUGUGUGUGUGUGAUUGUGAGUGUCAGUGUUUGAGUGUGAGUGUGUGUGUGUUUGUGUUUGCAAGUGUGUGUUUGUUUCCUUACCUGUCUGUCUGAGUGCAUGUUUUUAUUGUGAGUGUGUGCGUGUGUGUGUGUGUGUGUGUGUGCGUGUGUGCGUGCGUGCGUGCGUGCGUGUGUGUGUUUGUGACAGGGAGUGAAUGAAUCCUGUGCAGAGAGACAUUUGACAAAUAGAGUCAACCUUUUCAAAAAAACGGCUUAUUUUUAAUACAGCUCAGGGUUUUUUUCGCACUGAAUGUUACAGCAAGAGGUUUCAACGUUGAAUGCAUUUAACAUUUCUGUAAGGCUCCCGUUUCAUUAACCCAUGGGCAAGACAAACCUACGCUUCACUGACCUUAUUUCAUUUAAAUUCAUUUUCACGACGUUUUUUCCAGAAGAAUGUCCUCCAAUGUCCAUUAAGUCAGGUCUGAGUACCGGCUGGUGACAUGUCCUCACACCUUCCAGCCCCCUCACAGUAUAGAAGGCCGGUACGUACAGUACCUUUGGCUAAACAAUGGGGUCUAAUCACCCGGGUGCAGAAUGUACUAUUGUUAGUUGGAUGUACGGGUUGUAUUUGCCAAGCAUUGUGGUUGUGUAAGCUUAUUGAUGAUUGUGCAGAGGGGUGUUUGUGGAAUUUCCAGAAAUUGACAACUAAAAAACAUAUUUAAGUCCUUCAAAUGAAUCUUUCAAGAUUGCCCUCAUUUCAUUUUGACUCAUUUCAUGUAUUUGACUGUAAAUUAUUAAAUGUUCUAUUUCAUGGUCCAAUGGGUUUUAGCUUUGUUGAUGUUCUUUUGUUUCAUAAGUUUAUCUAAAUAUAUUUCUAAAAUAAAGCUUUUGUAGCAAUUA